UCUCUUCAGGAGGUUCAUAUUCCGGCGGGUGCCGCUGUGGGAGCUGGUGCUACAGAACCUGCUGUUCAUGUGGAUGGUGAUCUACAGCUUGCACUUCUGGGUGGUGCUGGUGAGGAUAAUCAAAAUUGUCGUGGAGUACUGCUACGAUGAAGUACUACUGCCCAUACAGGAGAACCGGUUACCCUCAGAAGAGGAGGUGGAAGGCAGGAAGCUGAUGCAGCAAUGGAUCGUGUGGAUGUUCUCGCUGACGCCGCUGGUGGUCUACUUCGAGACCCGGCCGCGGCCGGAGGCGCCCCCGCUCAUGAUAUGGUUAAUUGAGAACAUGAUAACGACAAGUCCCUGGCAGCGGCGCGAGAUGGGUCCCUACGGGUACUACCUGAACAGACCUCCGACUACCCUACAGUCCACAACUACCCUCGCCGGCCGCACGCACGCCAUGUCCCUCCGGAGGGCCUUCAGCGACUCCAAAGUGAUCGUCAAAGAACCACCGAAGAAGAAACGCUACUCCAAAUCCGUGUAAAAACUUUUUUAUUAAAAAAUGUUAUGCUCAAA